CUAAUAAAGCUCGCUUUUAAGAAGUAUUUCUAAAUAUAAUGAUGAAUAUAAAGUUCUUACCAACUAUUUUAAAAUCAAGGAAACAUGGUUUAACGAAACAUAUCUUCGUGUGAGAAUAAUAUCGUUUGCAUUUGAAAAGAUAAAAGAUAUUCUUUUUCAGAAUGGUUUAACGAAACAUAGCUUCGUAAUGAAUAGAAAUAGAAGACAGCAUGUUUGUUGGAGUGUAGUAGUCAUCUUAACAACCAUUGGUUGUGGUGUUUUUUUAUACGUCAGCUACAUUUAUGAAAAAAAAUUCAUGAAAUCCUGUAAAAACUGUGGUGAAAUUUCGACCGUUGGGAAAGAAAAGCUUGUACAAGAUGAUUGUCAAAAAAUAUGUUACUCUAAAGAAUGCGUUAUUGCUGCAAAUUUCAUCUUGGAAAAUAUGGAUGCAAGUAAUGAUCCUUGCGAGGAUUUUUAUUCAUUCGCUUGCGGAAACUGGAUGAAAAAGUUCAGCAAGGAUGACAACUAUUCAGUAAUAGAUGGAAUGGGAAACACUCUAUUGCUCACUAUCAAAGAUUUAUUAGAGAAUUCGAAAGAUUCUGUUGGAAGCUCAGAGAAGUUGAAAACGAUGUAUGAUUCUUGCAUGGAAGAACGUUCUUCUGAAUGGAACGCUAUAUCUUCAGUCAUAAAUUUCUUGGAUCAGAGUGGAAUUCACAAGUGGCCAAACCCACCAGAAAAUUCUGAAAUGGAAGCAUCUUCUCUGACCUCCAUCCUUUCAAAUUUGGCUGCCCAUAACGAAUUCGCGUUCCUGAACUUCAAACCUAGUCAUUAUGAACCAAAAGAUGCCCCAUCAUAUGAUGAUCUCCUCAAAUUAACUGCAUAUCCCAGUUAUCCUCUAAUGCAUGAUGAAUCUGAAUCUGAAAUUUUCGAAAAUAUGAUCCUUCAUAUUCUGAAACUUUUUGGUGUUAACGCAGAAGAUGCGAAUAGAACUUGGAUAGAAUUUAAAACCAUCGACACUUCCGUUUUGAGGCUACAUAGGGAAACUUCUGAAACGAUAACUUAUGACGAAGAAGGCAGUGAGCCUUUGGGAUAUGCAAAUUGUUCAUCAAACGCUACGGAUUCAACGGAUCAACUCUGUUCGCUUUUAGAUAAAUUUAUAGAAUUUAUCAAUGCAGAUAACAGGUACUCAAGAAGAAUAGUUUACAUAGAGAGGCUGCAUUAUAUACAAAAUGUAUUCCCGGUCAUUGCAAAUUUCACUCACAAAUCAUUGACAAAUUACUUGGCUCUGAGAUUAGUCGUAUCUCAUCUGAGUGAUCUGAGCAGCCCUUUCAGAGCACUCAGAUCGAAUCACCGAGACAUGGAUUCAUCUAAUAAUGACCAGGAGAUACCCAUACCCAACAAAAAGUGGCAGAUUUGCAGCAGUUGGAUAUCAAGAUACAUGUCGUAUCCGCUCGGUCAACAGUACGUGCGGAAGGUGCUGCCCGAGUCACAUAUGGAGGAUAUCAGUUACAUUGUUCACACUUUUAUCAACGAUGCAGCCUUCUAUGUUCUGAAGCAAAGAUGGAUGAAAAAGAGUCUGAGAAGAAAGUUAAAACUGUCGAUAGACGAUAUAAGAAAUAGUUUAGAGCAUUAUGUUUACACUUUAAGGAAUGGAACAAAAUUGGGAGCUUAUAUGAAUGACUUCCACCCCAAGCACGAAAGUUUCCUCAAAAAUGUCAUGGACUACCGAAGACUGACUUUCCGUUUCUAUCUGCUCAAUUACAGUGACCUAGAAGGAGAAGAUUUUCCCGCCGAACCAUUCAUCGUAAAUGCUUAUCAUUCGCCCGGAGUAUUAGAUUUUCGGUUUGGCAUAUUUCUACCUCCUGUUUAUCAAUACGGAUGUCCAAAAUUAUUAAAUUUUGCCACUAUGGGAACAACCAUUGGCCAUGAGCUCGGGCAUGAAAUUGAAGCAUUUAUGGAUGACCCAGAAAAUUUCGAUAAUGAAACAUUACAUAUUUAUAAUGAGAAGAAAAAAUGUCUGCAAGACCAGUAUUUUAAUUUUGAAGUUGAAAAAAUUGGGAAAAAAGUAAAGGGAAACCAAACCAUCCAUGAAAAUCUGGCCGAUUUGAUGGGGAUUGAAAUAACGCAGCAGAUCAUCACUAGAUUUCUUCUAAAAAACAACGAAAGCAGAUUUACUUUGCCGGCGUUGGAUUUUUCGACAGAGCAAAUACUCUACAUCGCUUUGGCACAGAUGUGGUGUUCGGUGAGAAGUAAACAGAAAGAACAACUUCAUUAUGACCAGGAUAUUCACGCACCUUCGAAUAUUCGUAUUGCUGGAAUGCUUCGGAAUUUGCGAGAAUUCUCGGAAGCAUUCAACUGUCCGUCUGGCAGCUUCAUGAAUCCAGUGGAAAAAUGUUCUUUUCGUCAUAGAUCUUAACAAAAUCUCUGUCUGUUCUUUAAGAAAUCCGAUAUAGAGAUUUAGUAAGUAGAUCUUAAAAAUUUAGACGAUGGCAGAAAAUGUGGAACGGACAAAUGUUUUUAUUAUGUAGUGAAAG